AUGGAUCCUUCGAACAAUGAAAAUGAUAAACCCAAUUCCGCAGUUAGUAGUAGAAGUCACAGUAUUAUUGUUGAUCGUCCAAUUAUAACGCAAAAAUCAUUUAAUCAAGUAUUUAUUCCGACAACAUAUGAAGAUCGAACGCCAGUUAUUUUAUUUCGACAAAUGCGUACAUAUCUACGAAAUAAAUGUGUACCUUCAAAACAAUGUGGUAAAUCGUAUAUAAAAAUACUUUUCCCGUUUCUAUCAUGGCUAAAAAUUUAUCAAAUUGGUUGGUUACCACAUGAUAUUAUUUGUGGAAUAACGAUUGCCAUCAUGCAAAUUCCACAAGGAAUGGGUUAUGCUUUAUUAGCUCGUUUACCGGCCAUUACUGGAUUGUAUGCGUCAUUUUUUCCGUCACUAAUUUAUGCUUUGUUGGGUACAUCAAGACAUUUAUCAAUGGGUGGUAUUGCAGUCACUAGUUUGAUGACAAGCAAUGUCGUCGAUCGGCUCAGUUUAAAACCGACAUUAUCAACAAUAGAUCCAAGUUUAUUGAAUGAAAGUACAAUAGAAAUAACGUCAAAUGAUGCUUCGAUUGAUCCAUCAUAUGCUAUUGCUAUUGCAACUACUUUAGCAUUUCUGGUUGGAAUUACUCAGUUACUUUUAUGUAUAUUUCAUCUUGGAUUUGUUGCUUCAUUUCUUUCCGAUUCAUUUAUUAGCAGUUAUACAACUGGUACUGCUAUACUUGUAUUUACUUCUCAACUACCACAUAUACUUGGUUUGUCGCUUAAACGGUAUGUUGGACCAUUCAAUAUUAUUUAUACAUAUAUUGAAAUAUUUACUAAUCUUAAAAAUAUCAAUCUUGUUACAUUAAUUAUAUCUAUAUGUUCAAUAGUAACUCUUGUUAUUGUUAAAGAAUAUCUUGAUCCACUUUAUAAAAAAAAAAUUAAAAAAUUAAAACUUUUUCAAACUAUACAAAUACCUAUUCCAAUCGAAUUAAUUAUUAUCAUUGUCGGUACAUUGGUUUCUUACAUGUUUGAUUUAAAUGGUCGUUAUCAAGUUAAAAUUGUUAAUACAAUUGGUCGUGGUUUUCGUAAACCACAAGGUCCGGUAUUAGUACUUAUGCCUAGUUUAAUUAAAGAUGCGAUUAUGAUUGCUAUUGUUGCAUUUGCUAUCAGCAUUUCAUUAGUAAAAACUUAUGCAAAAAAAUUUAAAUAUUUUGUUGAUUCUAAUCAAGAAUUAGCUGCUUAUGGAGCAUGUAAUAUAAUUGGCUCACUUUUUGCAUCAUAUACAAGUGCUGCUUCUUUGUCUCGUACAAGUGUUUUUGUUAAUGCUGGUGGUCGAACACAGUUGGCUAAUCUAGUCUCAUGUGCUUCUCUACUGAUUAUUAUUCUAAACAUUGGACCAUUAUUCGAAUCAUUGCCUAAAGCAUGUUUAGCAUCAAUUAUUGUUAUUGCAAUAAAAAGUUUAUUAUUACAAGCAAAAGAUAUUUAUACAAUUGGUUGUGUAACAAAACUUGAAGCAGGUGUUUGGAUUGUGACUUUUCUAAGUACUAUUAUACUUGAUGUUGAUUAUGGUCUAUUUUUGGGUAUUAUUGUAUCACUUGUUGUUGUUAUUCUUCGACAAUUUCGACCUCGUAUAACAAUUCUCGGUCAAUAUGAACGUAGCGAUGUAUAUAAAAAUGCAAAACGUUUUACAAAUGUUCAUGAAAUUCCUCAAAUAAAAAUUUAUCGUUUUGAAUCACCAAUUAUAUUUUUCAACGCAGACUAUUUCCGUGAAAGUCUUUUGGAUGCAGUUGGUAUUGAUUUAAAAACUGGUCAAAGACAAAAUAUUCAUCCUAAACAAUCACCUGAUUAUUAUUUUAAUCUUCGUAGUCUAACACAUGUUAUUAUUGAUUGUUCAUCGAUCAAUCAACUUGAUUAUAGUGGUGGAAAAAUUUUUCUGCAAACAAUAAAAGAACUAAAUGAUUGUCAAUUUAAAGUUUAUCUAUGCCAUCUAAGAUAUUAUAAUUAUGAUGUAUUGGAAAAGCUUGAAAUGAAUAAAAUAUGUUCAGUAACUGUUACGGCUACUGUUCACGAUGCUGUUCAUAACAUUCAAGAUGAAUUAAUGGAAAAUAAUGAUCAAUUACUAUUAGCCAAUGUAGAACUCUAA